AUGGACAAGAAUAAGAACCGCACCGAUCUACUUGCUGCUGGACGUAAAAGGCUUCAACAGUUCAGACAGAAGAAGGAUAAUAAAGGAAAUACUAGCAAAUCAUCAGGCAAAGCCUCUAAUUCUGGGCAUGAUGCAAGUGCAAAUGCUCCCAAUGAAGCGGUGACAAAACCAAAAGAAGUUGCAGGUGGAGAAAGAUCUGGGCAUGAUGCUGAAGAUCACAUUCCUUUGUCAGAGUCACAUUCUAGAGCGAAUUCAGAGCAAAUCGAUACUCUUUCUGCCACUGAUGAUCUGUCAGCAAAGACUGGUAUAGCUGGAACCACAGAGUUGGCUGCAGGGACUGUCAAGUUCCCACUAAAGGAUUAUGGAGUUGCUGAGACCAGGUGGAAUAAAAGUGCUGGUGAUGGACAUCAUGAUGUUGAUUUGUCGAUCCCACUUGGAGGUAGAUAUACUUCUAUACAUCCUGAGGACGUGGAUCCUAAUAUGUCUGGAACAUUAGAUCUAGUUGUUCCCAAAGAGGAAUCUACAGAAUCCUGUAUAUCUUUGCCCAUUGGUUUUGCAUCCCAUCCGGAGAAGAAGCAUGGGGCAGAGCAGGUAACAGAUGUAGGGGCUGUGCAGGAAGUUGGCACUUCAGGUGAGACUCAAGUUGAUGCUGGCAGGGUGAUGCAGCUUGAAGGAGAAUCUAGACUUUCUUCAAAUGAGUUUGACGAGAGUGCAGGGGGCCCUAUGGUGUCUGAUUCAGGGAGUGUCGAAGUGACCGCGGCCACCCAGCUGGACACACAACAAGAGCCUGAUGAUGCUUCAUCAUCUGUUGUUGCUAUCAAUGAUGCUGAUGAUGCUCAAGGGAGGGAUGACACACAACCUUUACCUGAUCCAGAGGUAAUAUCAGCUUCAAGUUCUGAGGUGACUGGUCUGCAGAGAGAAGAUUUAUUAUCUGAUUCAUCGUACAGAGAGAAGACAGAAAUGGUUUCUGUGUCAGGUGACUAUGCUGAAGGCGCUCAAGUAAAUUUUGGUGAUAGUAAUGCAGAAAGAUCUUUUGAGUUCAAUACUAAUGGUGCUGAGAAGUCCUUAGGACAGAAGAAGGUGGAUUUAUCUUCUGGAUCUGAUGGAAGUUUGAUCAGCCUCUCCCGGUUAGCAGAUAUAUUACGAAGCCUUGAUGAAGAUGAAUUUAGGUUCUUGUUCAUGUCAAGAGAAUUAUCUACUGAAACAUUGAGAAAUACAGACAACUUGAAGAUCUCUGAACAUCAACACUUGGCUGAUGAGAUAUCGAUGUCCAGUACGUCACUCAAUGAAGUUCAAGGGAAAAAUGAAGUGCUUGCAAAAGAACUUGCACAGUGUAGGUCUGAACUUCAGGAACUUGUUUCUGGGAGGGAAGAGCUCCAAAAGCAGCAUCACUUUUCAAUAUCCGAGGUUGAAGAACUUUCUGCCAAAAUCGAUGAGUUGCAGAAUAAACUUGAAACAACUCAAGGAGACUUGUCAAGCCUGACUUCAGAGUUGUUUGAUUGCAGGAAUUUGGUAGCAACUUUACAGAUCGAAAAUGAAAACUUAAAUCAGAGUUCUAAUCUGACGACCAAUGAGAAAAAGAAACUUCAAGAGGAGAAUGAGCACAUUGUGCUAGAGAAUGAGAAAAUGACAAGAGAGUUAGCUCAGUGCCAGACUUCUUUGGAGUUGCUGCGAUCGGAAAUUAUAGACUUAACUGAGAAUCUGGCUUCUCUGAGAGAAGAGAGGAGGAAGCUUGAGGAGGACAAGGAAUUUGUUGUUCAUGAGAAUGAUAAAUUGCUUGCCGACUUGUCCAACUAUAAGAGGAUGGUUGAAGCUUUUCAGGUGGAAAACAAGAAUUUAAAUGAUGUCCUUCUAUCAGAACCGGAAAAGAGAAAGGUGCUCGAAGAGGAAAGAGAUUUUAUUCUGCACGAGAACGAGAGACUAUCAAAAGAGUUGAUGGACAGCAAAGAUUUGGUGGCAGCUCUUCAGGCAGACGUCUCCCACUUAAAUGGGGUUCUCACUUCCGUAACAGAGGAGAGAAACAAGCUUGAAGAAAAGAAGGAAACAAAAUUCAGUGAUAAUGAUAACCAACCUCACGAGUCUGCAGAAAUCAAAACAUCAUUAUCAAGUCUGCAGGCCCCACUUAAAGGGAGUGAGGAUAGCGAAAUUCUGAUAUCGGAGAAGGCUGCAUCUGAAUGCCAUGCAGAUAGACCAUCUCGGGAGGGACUGAAAUUGGACACAUAUGAUGAUUCUUUCGGGUUUGUGGUACUGAAAAGACAUUUGGAGGAUGCCGGGAAUGUAAUGCAAAAACUUGAGAAGGCAAUUGAAGGAAUGCAUAUUCACUCAACUUCCUUGAGUAGGUCGAGUGAUAAAGUAGUUGGAUCUGGAGUAUCAAAACUUAUUCAAGCCUUCGAGUCAAAAAGUCACAGUGAUGAUGACGAUUUAGAGGAACCCCUUUCUUCUGAAGACCAAACAACAGGAGAUCUAUACAUUAUAGCCGAACAGGUAGCUCAGAAUCUGAGAGCACUGCUCAAGGAGUUAAUUCUGGAUGCUGAGAAUGCUAGUGAAUUCUGUAGAGGGAUGAAGGAGACUAAAUUGCUUGCUGAUGGGGCUGGUGCAAAGCUGAGGAGUGACUAUGAUUCUCUGAGGGAGCACAGUGAUCAUCUAGAAGAGGUAAACUUAGAGCUUAUGGUUCUAUAUGAAACUACAAGGGAGCAUGUAUGUCAUGCUAUUGCAAGAGAGGGUCAGCUUGUUAUUUUAUGUGAUGCCUUACAGAAACAAGAGCUUUCUCUAAAUUCAGAGAAUAAUGAGCUCCGAGAAAAGCUGGGUGACUUUCACUCCAAAAUUAGUGAAUUAGAGAGUCAAUUUGAUGAAAUGUGUCAAAAUUCAAAUGAGAUGGCUGCUUCUAUCUCCAAUCAAGUGAUAACACUCCAGAAAGUAGUAGUUGAAAAGGAAUCAAUUCUGGAAGAAGAAUGGAGUUCUAAUGUUGCUCGGAUUCUUCAAAAAGUUGGUGAACUGGAUGCUACCAUUGAUCCACUUGGUUCCUCCAUCUCAUUAGCAGGUAUAGAUAACAGCCUGGAUGUUGUUAGCCGUGUUUCCAUUUCUGUGAGUGCUGCCACCAAUUUGAUUGUAGGUCUGCGAGAUCAACUUGAAGCUUCGCACAAAGAUCAUCAAGCACUGUGGGACGCCUACAACGAUAAACAAGAGAAAUGUAAUACCCUGCUACACAAGAAUGAAAUGACUACCAAUACAUUGCACAGACUUUAUGAUGACCUCUGCAAGCUUGUCGGUGAAGGAUCUGGGUACAAGGACGAAACAGAAACUGUUUGGUUAAGAGGUGACUUGCUAGAUCUUUUACAUCCUGGUGUUUUUGAUAACCUCUUGGAGCAACUGAACAUGUUUCUUGGUGAGAGAAUUCAGCUUCAGUCUGCACAUAAUGAACUCAAUGCAGAGUUGACGAACAGAGCUAGAGACAUUGACAUACUGGAGAAAAGAUGUCUUCAGUCAGAUGCUAUUUUGAAGUUAGUUGAAGAUAUUGAACAAUCAGUCAGGCUGGAGGGGAUUGAAAUUUCCUCAAAUGAACCUGCCUCACGUCUAGAGUCUCUCAUCCAUUUACUACUAAAGAGAUAUAAAGAGGCUGCUGGGAGUUUAAGCAUGUCAAGAGAGGAGACUGCUUCUUGGGAAAUUCAAUUAAGUGAUUUGCAGGCACAAAUUGAACACUUGAAUUUCGUUAUUGUUCAACAUGAAAAUGAAAAUAUUGUUUUCAAGCAAAGUUUGAAAAGUGCCGAAGAGGAUGUAGUUACUCUUACUUUCAAACUACAAGAGAAAGCUGCUGAACUUGAACAGUCAGAUCAGCGGGUGUCAUCCCUUAGAGAGAAACUAAGUAUAGCUGUUACAAAGGGGAAGGGUCUGAUUUCGCAGCGUGAAAGUCUCAAGCAAUCCCUAGCUGAGACAUCCAAAGAGCUGGAGAAACGUUCUCAAGAGCUGCUAACGAAAGACACCAGGCUUCAUGAACUUGAAACAAAACUUAAGGCCUAUUCGGAGGCUGGUGAACGCAUGGAAGCUCUGGAAUCUGAGCUCUCAUACAUUCGCAACUCAGCUACUGCAUUAAGAGAAUCAUUUCUUCUUAAAGAUUCUGUUCUUCAGAGAAUAGAAGAGAUUCUUGAAGAUCUAGAGCUGCCUGAGGACUUCCAUUACAGGGAUAUCAUUGAAAAGAUUGAUUGGUUAGCAAAAUCUGUUACAGGGAACUCUUUGCCUCGUCCCGAUUGGGAACCGAGAAGCUCAGUGGGAGGAGGAUCAUACUCUGAUACUGGAUCUGGUGAUGUGGAUGGCCUGAAGGAAGACACGCAGCCAAAUCCAAAUUCCGGUGAUGACGUAAGAAGAAGAUUUGAGGAAUUGCAGAGCAAAUAUUAUGGGUUGGCUGAGCAAAAUGAGAUGCUUGAACAAUCAUUGAUGGAGCGGAACAAUCUUGUGCAGCGAUGGGAAGAAAUUUUGGACAGGGUAGAUAUGCCUCCUCAGUUGCGGUCCAUGGAACCUGAUGAUAAGAUUCAGUGGUUGGAAAGUGCAUUAUCAGAGGCUCAGAACCAGCGUUAUUCCCUCCAGCAGAAGAUUGAAAACCUUGAAACAUCUUGUGAGUCCCUAACUGCGGACCUGGUGGAUGCACAAAGAAGAAUGUUUGAGCUAGAUUCAGCUCUUGAGCAGGCUAGCAGAGAGAAAGAAAUUCUUACAAGGGAUUUGGAGAUUCUUGCUCAUGAUUAUGAUGAACUCUCAGAGAAAGCUGCUGGUUUUGAAGUAAGCAACGGAACCCUUAAUAAUGAGCUAAGUUUGUUGCAAGAGAAACUAGAACAGAAGCUCAGGUUUGAAGAAGAUAUUCGUCUUGCUGAGGCUGUUAUAAGCAGACUGCAGGGUUUGGUUGAGGAUGUUCUUCGGGAUUCUGGUAUAGAUGAUGUGGUAUUUGGUCAGGAUGGUAUCAAAUAUUUUGAAGCACUGGUGACGAAGCUUAUAUCAGCUUUUCAGCAGGCUAGCAGAGAGAAAGAAAUUCUUUCAAAGGACUUGGAGAUUCUUACUUAUGAUUAUGAUGAAAUCUCAAAGAAAGCUGCUGGUUUUGAAAUAAACAAUGGAAACCUUAAUAAUGAACUAAGUUUAUUGCAAGAGAAACUGGAACAGAAGCAAGGGCUUGAAGAAGAUAUUCGUCUUGUUGAGGCUACUAUAGGAAGACUGCAGGAUUUUGUUAAGGAUGUUCUUCAGGAUUCUGGUACAGAAGAUGUCGUAUUUUGUCGGGAUGGUACUGAGUAUUUCGAAGCACUGGUGAUGAAGCUUAUAGAAGGAUAUAAAACACUUGUGUCAGGGAAACCUAGUAAUAGUGAUGCGGCUGCCGCGCACAUUAGUGAAAAAGUUGAGCCAUCUCACAUUCCAAGAAAUACUGAUGAGCAGGAUGUAGUGAUUAUGAGCAAAAAACUGGAGGAUUAUAUGGGGGAAUUGAUGUUUUUGAAGCAGCAGAAAGAUGAAUACGUGCAGAAUAAUCAAUCCUUAGUCCAUGAUCUUGAAGCACUAGAAAUAAAAAAGAAUGAACUACAAGAGCUACUUAAUCAGGAGGAACAGAAGUCAGCUUCUUUCAGAGAGAAGCUAAAUGUUGCUGUUCGAAAAGGAAAGUCCUUGGUUCAACAGCGGGAUGGCAUGAAGCAAGUGAUUGAAGAGCUAACAGCUGAGGUGGAGCGCCUCAAAUCUGAGAUCAAUCUUAACAAAAAUGUUGUUCUCGAGUAUGACCAAAGGAUCAAGGACUUGUCUGUGAACCAAGAAAGGGUGCAAGGUUUAGAAUCUGAGAAUAUGUUCCUUAAAGACCGUGUGGCAGAAACUGAACGCUAUUUGCAGGAGAGACAGAGUAGCUUGAGCAUGAUUUUAGACACUUUGGGUGAUAUUGAUGUUGGUCUUGCACGUAAUAUUGUCGAUCCAGUUGAGAAACUGAAAGAAAUUGGGAGACACUGCCAUGGUCUGCAUACAGCUCUGGGUUCUGCUGAACAAGAAUCAAAGAAAUCUAAAAGAGCAGCUGAGCUACUGCUGGCGGAGUUGAAUGAAGUUCAAGAAAGAAAUGAUGCCCUUCAAGAGGAGCUAGAAAAAGCUUCCAGCGAGCUCUCAGAUCUUUCCGAGGAAAAGGAUUUAGCUGAAGCAGCCAAACAUGAAGCUCUAGCACGCAUUGAAAAGCUGUCUGCUAUCCACGCUGAGGAAAAGGAUAGACAGUUAUCUGAAUUCACGGUGAUAAAAUCUGUCAUGAAUCAAUUGAGGGAGGAGCUUUUUGCCAUUGACAAUGUAUUGGGGGAUGUUCUCUCCCAGGACUUGGAAGUUUUGCAGAAUACAGAAGCCAGUAUGAAAUCGUUUCUGGAACUAGGUGAUGAGCCUGACUUGAGUGCUCUAUUUAGUUCCCAUGGGAGCGUCAUUUCAAUAAAAGCAGAAAAGGAGGUUUUAAUGCCAGAAGUUGGUGCUCUCAAGGAGCGAUUGUACAAUCACCAACAUUUGCUACACAAAGAAGCGUUCCGUUUAUUUGAAGUAGCAAGGACCGUUUGUACAGAAAUUUCUUCUCAGAAACAGUCUCUUGAAGCAAUGAAGAGAAGUGUUGAACAGUUAGAAUCCACUGAGAAAGAGAGGAGUUCAGAAUUAUUUACUAUGCGUAGAAACGUUUCCUUGAUUUAUGAAGCCUUCAACAUUGCGAUUUUGGAAAUUGAAAAUACGAAGACCCAUAUGGUUGGAAAUGAUUUGUCCUCUGGAGCUCUGGAAACAAAGUUGAAGUCUCUAGCGUCUGUUGUUGGAGGGGGUGAUCUUACCGGUGAUUCCCGUGCUUUUACUGAGGAAGGCAUCAGGACCAUCCGAGACAAAUUAUUAUUGGUUAUGAAGGAUUUCAUAAGCAUGCAAACUGAUAUUCUGGAAGUUAGACAGAAGGAGAUGAAGGAUACAAUAUUCAAUUUACAGAAAGAGCUUCAGGAGAAGGACAUCGAGAGAGAGAAAAUUUGUAUGGAGCUUGUUAAUCAGAUAAAGGAAGCUGAUGCUAAGGCAAGGAGUCAUUUAGAAGACCUACAGUCUGUGAGGGCUCAGCUACAUGAUUUACAGAAACAGGUGGAUGUGAAGGAAGUGGAGCACCAGGAAUUGGAACAGAGAAUGAAAGAAUCACAAGAUCGGGAAGCCACAUCUGAGGCCUUGCAGCAGAAAGUUAAAUCUCUAUCGGAAGUGCUAGCUGCGAAAGAACAAGAAAAUGAGGCACUGAUACAAGCACUUGAUGAGGAGGAGGCUCAAAUGGAGAACCUGACAAACAGGAUUGGCGAUCUGGAAAGAGAAUUGCAACAGAAGAACAAACAAUUAGAAAACCUUGAAGUUUCACGUGGGAAGGCUUUGAAGAAGCUUUCAGUCACAGUGAGCAAGUUUGAUGAACUUCAUUAUUUGUCUGAAAGUCUCCUUUCUGAAGUUGAAAAGCUUCAGUCACAAUUGCAAGAGCGGGAUAGAGAGAUAUCUUUCCUUAGGCAAGAGGUUACAAGGUGCACGAAUGAUGCACUAUCUGCAACCCAGAUGAACAAGAAAAGGAGCUCUGAUGAAAUUCAUGAUUUUCUGACAUGGUUAGAUACACUGAUUUCUCCGGUGCAGGUGAAUGAGCUAGCUUCUGGUAGUAUGAAAGUUGAUCAGGUUAGCGAAUAUAAAGAGAGACUACAAAACCAGAUUGUGGCUUUUGUAACCGAAUUGGAGAAUCUUCGUGCGGUGACCCAGAACAGUGAUAUGCUGUUGCAAGAAGCAAGGGGUAAAGUUGAAGAGUUGACACGAAAAGAACGACAUCUUAAGAAUUCAUUGCAUGAAAAGGAGUCUCAAUUAACAAUGCUUCAAGGUGCUGGAGAUUCUGGACACACUCCAAGUGCUAGGUCAGAUAUCAUGGAAGUUGAACAAGCGACAAACAAAUGGACAACUCCUGCUACCAUUGCAUCGCAAGUUCGCAGUUUGCGGAAAACUAAUAGUGAUCAGGUUGCUGUGGCUAUAGAUAUUGAUCCGAGUAGUGACAGGUUGGAGGAGGAUGACGAUGAUAAAGCUCAUGGUUUCAAGUCGCUCACUACAUCAAGACUUGUUCCACAAUUUACGAGACCAGUAACCAAUAUGGUUGAUGGUUUGUGGAUGUCAUGUGAUCGGGCACUAAUGCGACAACCUGCUUUGCGACUUGGCCAAGCGGUCACCUUUUGGGGAAAAAAUAGAACCUUAGUAACUGGUCUUGUUGCAAGCUAG